UAAUAAAUCAGCUUAAAAAUGGAAGGAUUCGACACCUUAGAUUUAAACCUUGAUAUCACUUCAUGGGGCCCACUGAAGGCCACCAAGAACAGAGAUGUCCUCAUUGAUGGCGCCUUCGCCGCCAGCAACAAUGAUAACAUUAAGGGCCUUUGCGAGGUCUUCCUCAGAGGAAAGAAGGAAGACAAAGCUGCUGAAGAAGCAGCCGUCAGCUUCCAGGUAGUGGAAGUUAAGCAGCAGGCUACUAAGAGGAUCACUGCUCAGAAGAAAUUCCAGGGCCAGAAGAAUAAUUAUAAUAGGUAUCAGAACAAAAAUUGGAUGGAAAAGAAUAAGGGCAAUAGACAGACUGGAAAGAAGCAGAAAAUGUUUGAGAAUAAGAGAAAUAUCCAAAAUACUCUUUAUAGAAAGGAAAUGAAAGCAAAGGCUAAGGCUCUUAAGACUCUUUCAUGCCCAAUUGACUCUGAGUGGACUCAGGUUGGAGAGAUGCAAUGCCAUUCUUUCAAUGGUCUACCUAAGUUCAAGCCAGGAGAACCAGAAGUCUAUGCUAGAGCUGGAAAGAUUGCUGAGUACAGAUACGAUAUUGAUGGACUCCUAAGUGCAAGACCUCUAAAAUUCACUAGUUUCAAGGAUAUUCCAGAGAACAAGUUAUCUACCCAGGAUAUCACUCUUGAUGAGAUUGCUAUUGAGUGUAUUGAUACCUGUAAAGGAACCAAGAUUAUUGCCAGUGAUAUUGCCCUAGCCACUCUUAUGAACAUCUCUAAGGCUUACUACUCCUGGGAUCUCAAGGUUGAAAAAGUUGAUGAUAUGAUUUUCAUCACUAAAAGAGAGAAAGAAGAGAAGGAAGAUUUUGUAUGGAUUGAUUUAGAGCAUGUUGGAGAGAACUCAAUCACCCCACCACCUGCUGCCAUUGAUGAUCCAAAGCCAGCACUACAAUUAAACACCGCUAUGAAUUUGAUGAAAGAAGGAACAAAGGUGUUGCACUCAACCCAAGCUAUCGCCAUCAAUCCUGAGAGUAUCGAAGAGUUUGAUCAUCCACAUCCUAGCCAAGAAGAUGAGGAUCAACAAGAUCUCCCUCUUCAUGGAUACACAUACAUGAAGUGGCCUUUCGGUGAGAACAGGACUUUGAUCACCAGAGGACAGCUUCACAGUUUUGAAUCCAUCAGUGCUGGAGGAGACUCUGAAGCAAAGAUAAAAUACACUAAUAUUUACGCUAUGAACCAGUGGAAGUUCAACAAAGCCGAGUGGAAAAAGGUAGAUGUUGAUAAAACAGCUGUUCUUGGAGGAGAGCUUACUGAUAACAGUAACAGAGUAUCCAAAUGGGCACUCCAAUCCCUAUUUGCAGGUGCUGAUAACAUGAAGAUCAUGUUUGUCAAGAGGCAAAAGCUAUCAAAUGCUUCUAAGCACCAAAUUUUGGGAACAAGUACUCUAUCUGUCAACAAGUUCAUGAACUUCAUCUCAUUCAAAUAUGAAGAGGCUUGGAGUAACGUCAAGUACAUUGUGGAUUACUUCGAAGAAAAAGAGAAUGGAGAAUACCUACUUUUGAGAGACCCCAUGAAGAACCUGAUCAAGGUCUUUGACGUCUCCCAAAACGACGGAGAAGGUGAAGAUGAUGAAGAAGGAGAAGAUGCCGAUGAAGGUGAGGGAGACGAGAAUACUGGAGAUGAUGAAAAAGAUCAGCAAGAUGGAGAAGAUGAAUAAAUAUCCAAUUUCAUACUUAACCAAAUAUC